AUGGAUAGGGCGACAAGAGCGAAUGACCGACAUUUUGAAAGCCUCGCUAAUGAUGAAAUCGCAUUCAGUACUUACUCCAGGACGAUACGAGCUUAUCAGAUUCCCACCAGAUUCUCCGUUCGAUCCCUUGAGAAUGGAAAAAGACGGUGGAUCAGUGGAUAUCCUUGCUGGCGAGGGACAAAGAGUGAAGCAUUGUUCGCAUGCUGCAAUUCAAGCACUUUCUACAGAGCCAGUGAAAGAUGGGGAUGCGGUUGAAAAGGCAACAGUACAGCCGUAA